CACACACACACACACACACACACACACACACACACAGAGCAAGGAAAGGGAAGUCCAUCUCUCAUCAUCCAUCCCACUCUUUACGGUCAAUUCCUUAGAACUCACACACACCAAUCCUUAUUAAAACCCCACAUUCCAAUUCCCAUUAAAUCCCAAUUAAGCUUUUCAACUUAUAGCUCCUUCUCUAUCUUUUAAUCCCCAAAGUUCCAAAACAUAAGCAAACCAAAGGGAAUGGUGUGUCAUGAAGAACAACUUGGAGUUGGACGGAUUGGGGGAGAGGACCUCUCCCUUGUCCAUCCAGACCCUGUUGUGUUAGAGCUCAACCGUAUGCACAACCUACUCACAGAAAAGAGUCGGGAAUUAGGGAUUGCUCAAGGUGAGAUCAAGGCUCUGAGAGCUUGUGAAGUUCUAAAGGAUAAGGCUGUAGAAGAGCUCAUAAAUGAAGUACAGAAGUUGGACGAGAAACACAGAGUCACUGAAAGUCUUUUGGAGCAUAAGAAUCUUGAAAUCAAGAAACUAACAGAUGACAAGAGAGAUGCAUUGGCUGCACAAUACGCUGCAGAAGCAACUCUUAGAAGGGUACAUGCAAAUCGAAAGGAUGACGAAUCUCCUUCUAUCGAAUCUGUUGUCGCUCCUCUUGAGGCUGAAAUCAAAAUGCAUAAGAACGAGAUUGCAGCGCUUCAGGAGGAUAACAAGGCUUUGCAACGUCUCACCAAGUCAAAAGAGUCUGCUCUGCUUGAAGCAGAAAGGAUACUCCGAAGUGCCCUAGAAAGGGCUCUAAUAGUUGAAGAGGUUCAAAACCACAACUUCGAAUUGAAGAGACAGAUUGAGAUCUGCCAGGAGGAAAACAGAAUCCUGGAGAAAACAAACCGCCAGAAGGUUUUAGAGGUUGAAAAGCUUAGCCAAACCAUUCAGGAACUUGAGGAGGCCAUCUUAGCUGGUGGGGCUGCAGCCAAUGCUAUUCGUGACUACAGACGACAGAUAGAAGAAUUGCACGAGGAGAAGAGAAGUCUGGAAAGAGAGCUGGCAAGAGUUAAAGUUUCAGCAAACCGGGUAGCAACUGUGAUUGCAAAUGAGUGGAAGGAAGAAAAUGACAAAGUUAUGCCCGUUAAACAGUGGCUGGAAGAGAGAAGACUAAUGCAGGCAGACAUGCAACGGUUGAGAGAGAAGCUGGCUAUUUCAGAUAGAACAGCUAAAGCUGAAGCACAACUCAAGGAAAAGUUGAAGUUGAGGCUGAAGACACUAGAAGAAGGGCUAAAGCAUGUUUCAAGCUUCAAUCCUCAUUUAUGUGUUUCCCCAAAAGCAGAAAAAUCUAGUAACUUCUUAGGAUUUCUGAAAAGCAAUGGUGGAUUAGGAAAGAGAUCGACGUCACAGCCAAGAGCUUCUACCAUUGCUAGAAGCUCUCCAGUGCAACAGCCAAAUUCAGACAACGAAGCAGGCAAUGCAGCUGGACAGCUAAAAAGAUCAAAUAGCCUCAGAAAGAAAUAUGGUUCUGGAGAACUUAUGUUGAAAAAAAGUUUAUGGGCAUCUAGAAGUAAAGUUGUUGAUAUUGGGGAAAAGGAGAACACAGAAAUGAAGGCAAAUAAUGAUACUAAUAAGAAUGAUGAUAGAAUGGUUGCCGCAGAAAUUGAAGCUCAAGCUGGUGGCAACGAGGACUCGCCCAACAAGAUAAGUACCAGCUGUGACAAUGAAGAUAUGGUCUCAGGGUUUCUCUAUGAUAGACUUCAGAAGGAGGUCCUAAAUCUAAGGAGGCAUUGCGAAGCCAAAGAGGGUGAUAUGAAUGCUAAAGAUCAAGAAAUAAAGAUGCUGAUGAAAAAGGUUGAUGCACUGUCAAAAGCCAUGGAAGUAGAGUCUAAGAAAAUGAAGAGAGAAGCAGCGGCUAGAGAUAAAGAAGCUGCAGCGGCCAAAAUGGAUGAUAACAAAAAGAACAGAAAUAUAAACUCCUCUAAACGGGCAAUGAAAGCAUCUUGAAAACUUACAUUGGAGAUAACUGAAGAUCAUAUGAAGAUUUAUUCUUUAUCAGUGUGAUUUUUUAAUAUGUAAAUAUAGAAAGCACAGUUUCACCAGUGAGAUAGCUGAUUGAAAUAAAGGUUCUGAAUGCAAAAGGGGAGCCGAGUUUGUACAUUUUUUAGGUUGGUGAUUAGUUGUGUUUCCCUGUGCUUGAAACCUACAUAAAUGAAAUCCAAUACAUUUUACGGU